ACAUAUCUUGUUCGUUGUCGGAUACCGUUAAGUGGAUCCAAUCGUGCCCUUUCAACGACGAGGGCAUCGAUGAUGACGUCACUCAUGGCCGUGGCCAAUCGCGUGCAGAGAAGGAGGAUUGUCAGCCAUGACACCGAUGUCCCCGCGGACACAUCAUGGAGGAGAAAUGUGGCGAGGCACCCGAGGAGGUUGAUACCAAUGAGGUACGACUUGCGGCGGUACCCACACAGAGGAAGGCUAUCGGAAAGGAUGCCAAACACAGGCUUGAUGGACCAUGGGAACGCUGCCGUGGUCAAGAUCGCCUGCGAUUCCACGGGCUGCAAGUGCAUCGUGUCUUUCAUCAGAAACGACACGGAGAGACCGCUAAAGCUACCGAAGCCCUGCACAAAGUACACCAUGCUCACUAGCACGAGGAAUUGCAAGCCAAACACAUCGCGAAGGUGGCCAAACCAGAGACAGAAACUGGCCACCACCGUCGGCAGACUCCUUGUCGCGGACAUGUGCGGCGUUUGCGGGAUCGCCAUUGACGCCACGGGUGUCGGCGGGACUACUAACCGUUCUUUGCCAUCAUUAGCGCCUCCAUCAAUGGCCGUGUCCGUGGCGAGCGUGACGCGGCGAACGAUGUCGCUCUUUGUCAUUUCCCAACGAAAUGCGUGUUCCUGGCAUACCUAUCGGUUAAUUAUAGAUUCGUUCAACGUUCAAGUACGCCAGUGGAAACCGUCGUUCAAGUCCUUCCAUUCUCCAUCUUGUGCCGUUCGACGAACGACUUCGCCGUGUGCGAGGCCGCGAUGGCGAGGCGCAAGUUGAAGUUGCCUGAUCUUUCUUAUUGAGCGUAGAAUGAUGGUAGGGAGAAAACAAUUUGUAUUGGUCAUUAAUCAGAAUAUAUCAUCAAAUGUCCACCCCACGUCAUAUACCCAGAAGAUACAAUACAAUAUUUUAUGUUCUCUUGAUAUUUGUAUGCAAUAAAAUAAGUGAAGAUCGGAAGAAGGCAAGAAAAUCAGUAUGUUUGGUACUGUACCAAGAGGUGUUCUCGUGGUCCCUCAAUCCUCAAUGACAUUUGCCCUUUUGCAGCGACCGACGAAGAAGCAUGAAGAUUGUGCUUGCCGCCAGCACCCUUGCUGGCUAUGUGGCCGCCACCACGUCGUCGUCCUCGUACGAAGCGAAGUUCGUCUCGUGGAUGAAGGCGCAUGGCUUUACCUUCAACCCCGUGGACUGGGUCCAUCGCUUUGAGAACUUCAUCUUGAACGAUCAGUUCAUUGAGGCCCACAACAGCAAGCGCGACUCGUCGUUCACGAUGGGCCACAACGAGUACUCGCACUUGUCCUUUGACGAGUUCAAGCGCCAUCGCGUAGGGCUGCGACUCCCUCCCUCGUACUUGCAGUCCCGUCAAAAGAACCCGCCAGUAUUGAAGCAACAUGCGGCGGCCGUACCGGAUGAAAUCGACUGGGUUGCCAAAGGCGCCGUGACUGGCGUGAAGAACCAAGGCAUGUGUGGCUCGUGCUGGGCGUUCUCCACGACGGGAGCCGUGGAAGGGGCAGCAUUUGUCACGAGCAACAAGUUAGUGAGUCUGUCCGAGCAAGAACUGGUCGACUGCGACGAAGGCGACAAUGGUUGUAGCGGUGGCUUGAUGGACAACGCGUUCAAGUGGAUCAAGCGCCACAAGGGGUUGUGCAAAGAGGAGGAUUACACGUAUCACGCUAAUGCGUCCGUGUGCACCGUCGAGUCGUGUACGCCUGUCACGAAAGUGUUGGGGUACUACGACGUGACCCCAAACGACGAAGAAGAGCUCAAAGCGGCGGUGGCGCAUCAACCCGUGGCGGUGGCCAUCGAAGCCGAUCAAAAGGAGUUUCAGUUUUACAAGUCAGGCGUGUUCGACAAGACGUGCGGAACCAGUUUGGACCACGGCGUGCUGGUUGUUGGCUACGGCACACAAGACGGCAAGAAGUUUUGGAAGGUCAAGAACUCGUGGGGCGAAGAGUGGGGCGACGCCGGGUUCAUUUACCUGGCCCGUGACAUUGGCGUCGAGCAAGGGCAGUGCGGAGUGGCCAUGGUACCCAGCUACCCCUCGGCGUCGAUCAUUUCCGCCGGCGCGCCACCCCCUGCGGACGAGACUGUGACGACCGUGGUCGACGUGGGCUCUGCGGUGGAGAUUUCGCAAUGCGGAGAUGUCGCGACGGAAUUGGUGGCGUUCAGCAACCUUAGCGUAACCCCCGCCAACCCCAAGCGCGGCAAACCCAUCCAUUUUCUCGGGAAUGGCGUGAUCAAGAGCACGUUUGAGUCUGCGCCCUUGACCAUUGCCGUGAAAUUGGCCGGCCAAUUGGUCUACAGCCAUUAUGGCAGUUUGUGCGGAAAGACCCACAUUCCGUUGCCCCUGGGGCUGGGCCACAUUGACGUGGUGGGGCUGGCCUGCCCCGCCCAAGCAGGCAAGUUUGAAGGGUUGCAAGUGGCGCUGAACUUGCCCCACAUUGCCCCCGAAGGCAACUAUGAAGUGUACCUGACCAGCGACCGCGGCGAAGCCAACGCCAAGCAAAGCGUGUUUUGUGUCCAAGUCAAAUUGGACUUGAACGACCAAGCACGUGGAGUGGUGGUGUCCGACCUGCUGGCGCUAUCGUAAACCCGACACACUGUAACAUUGCACUGUUUCAACCUUCUUCGUGGUUUGAAUCCCCUUCAUGAAAUUUUGGUCUUUUGCUACAG